AUGAGUUUCCGAGGAAGAUCAACAUACAGGCCUAGAGGAAGAAGAAAUGAUCAACCAUCUUCUCAUCUGGUUAUGCCUGUGAUUGUGAGGCCUGAGCCGCAACCUGCCAUCCAGGAACUAGUUGAGCCCAAGACUGGGCAUGAGCGUGGAGAUGGUCCUGAUGUCAAGGGAAAGCAGCCUCUGAGUCCCGAGCACAUUAAACAACUGGAAGCAGGCUUUGGGUCACAGACCUUUGUCAGGAGCUACGUGGCUGGGUCAAAAGCCAUGCUGAAGAAGGGUGCCAUCCUCUUCAGCUCUGGACUUUGA